GCUCACGGCACGGAGACGAUCGUGAUGAAGAUGAGCAUAAUAAAAUUAAUUAGUGCAUGAGACGUCCGAAGCAAACGUGAAAGCACGUAGAAGUAGGUUCAUCAAUUUUAGCCGUUAAAACUCAAACUAAUCCGAAUUUCCCGCUUUAGAUACCUACUUUCUAAAAUCAGAGAAUCCAUAGAUGGAAUUAGAGAACAGAGAGAAGAACAAAACAAAACAAAAAAAUCAUCACCAUUAUCAUCAACCACCACCCUCCUCUUCUUCCUCUGUUUCUCCAUUAUCAUCAUCAUCAUCAUCAUCAGGCCCCUCUUUAUCUGCCAAAUUCAUUCUUUCUGUAAUUUCCGCUAUUGGGUUCGUCAGAUCUCAAGCCUUUAGUAGAUUUUUCCUAGUGCAUUAAUCGAAGAGGUGAUAUGUUGUGUUGCGGAGGUGGAGAAGAGGAACAAGACGGUCCCCCUGCUAAUCAAUCCACAGCACCACCAAAAGGAGGGAACCCAUAUCCUGGUGGCAGCGAGAGAGGAGAGCCAAGGAAGGAUAAUACGGCCAAAAGUGGAACUCCACAAAAGAUCUUACCCAUCGAAAUUCCAUCUGUAUCAUUGGAUGAGUUAAACAGAAUAACCGAUAAUUUUGGGAACGAUGCAUUGAUUGGAGAAGGUUCUUAUGGGCGAGUUUUCUUCGCCAAGUUAAAUGAUGAUGUAGAUGUUGCAAUAAAGAAGCUAGAUACCAGCACUUCCCAGGAACCAGAUUCUGAUUUUGCAGCACAGCUAUCACUAGUUUCAAGGCUUAAGAAUGAUCACUUUGUGGAGUUAAUGGGAUAUUGUUUGGAGCAAAAUAAUAGAAUCUUGGUUUAUCAGUUUGCUACAAUGGGUUCUUUACACGACGUGUUACAUGGAAGAAAAGGCGUACAAGGGGCUGAACCAGGUCCUGCACUUAACUGGAACCAAAGAGUUAAAAUCGCUUUUGGAGCAGCUAAAGGGCUUGAGUAUCUGCAUGAAAAAGUUCAGCCUCCUAUAGUUCAUCGCGAUGUCAGAUCAAGCAAUGUCCUCCUUUUUGAUGAUUUCAUGUCUAAAAUUGCUGAUUUCAACCUGUCAAGUGGCGCUUCUGAUACUGCAGCUCGGCUGCAUUCAACUAGAGUCUUGGGAACAUUUGGUUACCACGCUCCAGAGUAUGCCAUGACAGGACAGAUAACUCAGAAAAGUGAUGUAUACAGUUUUGGAGUUGUUCUUCUAGAGCUCUUGACAGGAAGAAAACCAGUAGACCACACAAUGCCUAAGGGACAACAGAGUCUCGUUACCUGGGCAACUCCAAGAUUGAGUGAGGAUAAAGUGAAACAAUGCGUGGAUCCCAAGCUAAACUAUGAGUACCCACCAAAGGCAAUUGCAAAGUUGGCAGCAGUUGCAGCACUCUGUGUUCAGUAUGAGGCAGAUUUCAGGCCAAACAUGACAAUUGUUGUGAAGGCUCUGCAGCCACUUCUCAACUCAAAACCAGCAGGACCAUAGUCUCAAGCAUAACCCAAAAAAAAACAAAAAAAAAAAUUCCCAACUGAUCUCAGAAAUUAGAAGGCUUUUUUAGACUCUUGUAAUUAUUUUUAGUUAUUUUUUUUAUCCUCAUGACAUUGUCAAGCUUACAGAUUACUGGGGGAGGGAGUAUAAUUUUUUGUCUGAUUCUGACAUGCUGCUCUGGAGUUACAUUGUUAGCGUUCUCCAUAGCUUGUAUUUUAGUUGUUUGGAAAACAAAAAAAUAACAGAACUGUAGUGAGAAA